CCAAAACCCACUGCAAUCACUGGAUACAAUAUGGAGAGUGCGCAUACGGAGGCCGGUGCCUGUACAAGCACGAGAUGCCUACCCUGGAUGUCUUGAAAAAAGUGACUGGCUUCACGAAGAUUCCACGGUGGUACAAAGAGCAAACAGCAAUCCAGAUUCGUGGACCGACUUGGGUGGAGAGGAGCAUGCUGGCAAAAAAGCAGAACGCCGGUCACGAUGACGACAUAGACAUGCCUGGCCCGCGCGAGUUCCCGGACCCUUCGACACUCACGAGCAUGCGACGUGAGAGGGACGACGUAGAGAAGCAGAAUGUGCCCACCAACCGAGUUGUUCCGACCCUGAUCGAUCUUGACCCGCCUGCCUCGCUUGUUGACCCCGUUGAUACCGAGGAGCCGGCGUCGGCCGUGGCCCAGGUCCUUGCUCCGGCAACCACGCUUACUGAGACUGAGAAGAAGAGCGUUGCCCCGACUGUCCUCCGUCGCAAUUCGCAGAUCUCGUUAUAUUCGGGCACUACGAAUGGCUCCCAGGCUUCGAUGCAGCGCUCCAAACCCAAGUACUCCUUCAAGAAGGCCAAACAGAACUCUGCUUUGCAGCCAAAGUUGGGCCUCGCUGCCUCAAGGUACGCACCUGAGAGCGAGUAUGUCGCUCUCAGCUCUUGUCGCACUAAUGAAGAGGCUUAUUGGCGUCGCCACAACACGAACCCCACCCGUGGGGAAGGCAGUUCAGCGGGGAAUGCAGGUACGGAUCAGCGUGCUGCAGUCGAGACUUCUCUUCUAUAGCUGGUCUCAAUUGUCACCACUGCUGAGAAGAGACAGCAACAUACUUACACACUCCUUCCUAACUGUACGCGGCUGCUCAUUUGGGACAUCUGCCACUGCAGUUAUAUACCAUGGAUUAAGACUCGGACUGGAACUAGUAGCUGUCACUUUGGUUUAUGGGGCAAACUCUUUGUGACACUCUGAUAUCUGGAUCUACAACUCCUUUCACUUUAGGGUUUUCAUUUGUUAUAGACUUUUGUUUUACGGUUGGGUCAUCUCCUUCUUCUCGAUC